AUGAGCUGGAUUUGGAAGGAUCAAAGUUUUAUGGAACACGUUUGCAACGAGUUCCUGUCGUUCAACCUAGGUUCAGUAGUUCCACCGACAUUGCUGUCUCCUUCCUCAAAUCUCAACGCCUCAGCGAACUUUAUCGUAAGAACAAUUAACAAAACGUUGGAAAAGAACGGAAAUUUAAUCGCGUCAGACGUAUAUAAGAGUAUCUUGAAAUCAAAGGAAGUUAUAAGUACAACAGAUAGUAUAUUGUGGCAACACUUGCAAGAUGCAGUAACCUCAGCAGCAACUGGAAAUUAUUCACUCCUGUAUGGAUUCAUAUUCAGUAUGAUAAACAGAGUACGAGACCUGCAUGAUGAUGAGUGGAUUUUGGUGCCAGGAGGAGUACUUUUAUCAGAAAAUAGUCCAGUGGAACAGCUGUGUUACUCCAUCUACAAGUGCAGAGGCUCAAGUACGUACAUCUUUUGCGUAAUCAACAACGGAGGCCAUGGACUAAAGUAUCAUUCGUGUAGAGUUAACAAGGGAAUUAAACUUGGAACAGUACAGAGAGAUUCUACAGUAGUAUUGAAAGACGUUAAGUCAGACUCACUCUUACACUCGUCGUUCUGGUUCAUGCUAUACAGACUCCUGUAUGUUCCAAGUUCACAUAACUACGAAAUACUCUACACAGUACUGUUGCCAUUUCUAAAUAAUAAAUCACUAUUGUUGAACUGGAAAAUAGAGACGAAUUUAACAUCGAGUGCCUCAAAAGGUGUUACGAGCAAUAACGCAAAUAUAAUAAAUAAUAGUAAAAUAAGUUCAGACGAUUCAGGCAAUAAAAAGCUCCUAAUCGAAGCUUUUACACAACUUCAUGAAACACACGAGUCAAAACAAGUGAAGACGGAAAGCGCACGAUCAUUAUCAAUGGAACUCAACAAUAACUUGGGCGGAGUUUGGAUUGACGUUCCAGUUAACAAGUACAAACCUUCAACAAUGUUUGAGUCUUUGAUGUCAUUAGUCGAAAUAAUUCUACGACAUAACGGCGCGAAGCAGUGUGAUAUUGACCUGGUGUUUAUCAUGCUGCAGCUUUCAACAUGCCUAAUAAUACACGAAGAUAUUGCUAAACUUACACAAAAUGAAGCACAAGUACAUUUGGGGCAUCGGAGUACUCUUUUGUUCAUACAGCUUUCAUGUAAAAAGCUCUCAAUGAUGGUGGCCGAGUCACUGCUUCAAGAAUGUGGGAAGUCGAAGUUGAUAGAUAUAGACGAGGAUGCACUGACCAUAGAACAGGCAUCAGACCUGUCAAACUCUAUUAACUCACCACAAAGUGAUGUAACGAGCGCAGUAAAUUCAGUGGGUUCAAUAAACACAAAGAAGGAAUUAUAUACUCUUAUAUCCCACCUGAUUAACAGUAUAGAUAAGAAGGUGUGUGAAGUCGUGCCAGGAAAACUAAUCGGUAUGGGUAAUGGCUCCUGUACAAUGGAUCGCAAAAUGUGUUCAAUCGCAAAUAACUUCGGGUUAAACCUGGAGUUUGAUAAUUUUGGAAAGUUCAGACUGGAUGGAGCAAACGUUAAUGAGCUGGCCAAAGGAACACUAAAGUCCUUAAUACUUCUACCAGUCGAGUUGACGAGCGUAGACUACCCAGUGAAGGACUAUACAGACCUCUGUAAAGUUCUGAGAAAGUGUGUACAAACCUGUACAAUACUAAGUAACCAAAGAGAUGCAAUGCCGUAUACAUACGCAUGGAGAUAUCAACUGAUUAAGCACGUUGUCCUGAAUCUGCUACCAAUACCGCUCCCAGUCACCCAUAUCAACGAGGAAUCUGGAGAGAAAACGGAUUUUUGGACUAGUAUGGAAAUGUUGAGAGAAACGCAACUGGACUUGCUGAGGCUUUUGCAGCUCCUGGCAAGGCAUCUAUGUUGUGUAUUUAGUUCACUGGUUAAAACAAGACAAAUUGAAGGUGAAAAGACGGUGCUAUUCGCAGCCAUCUGCGCAGUAACUGAUGUCAUAGUUCGAAAAGUAGCCCUUGAUACCCCGUCAUAUUUGUCACUUUUUUAUUCAGGACGUUCAGAUGGACCGAUAGGAAGUUUUGGAUUUUUUCUGGGAAAUUUCGCAAAUGAGUCCUCGUUUUAUGGACUAACAGACCCAAUGGUAGUAAUUGUGAGAAACAAGAUUCUAGAAUAUUUUAAGUCACUGGAGAAAACAGUGGACAAAUAUAAUGUGCUCUUUUCGUGGGAAAAUAAUAUGGAGAUCAGUAAAGGAGAUGAACUAUUGCUUCAAUUACUCUCGCUGCAGCUAGGCUUUAACAGAAAUCCAGACGAUAUCAGAAAAUACUACGUCAACGAAUCGAGCGAAUUCAGUUGUGUGUUCCCGGAAUUUGCAAACCUGAGAGAUGUAGUCUUUUUGGCAAAGUCAAUUGGUUGGUCACAAAACUCGAUCAGUAUAAGUAGAUAUUCAUUGGAAGAUAGCACACUAAAAUAUUCUUUGAAUAGUAGCGGAAGCUCAAGCUGUACAAUAAGCGUGAAGGUGUUUGGAAAAUCAUUAAAAGUAUCACCAAUUGUAACAAGCAGUAAACGAGGAGUCAACGUGUCAUACUAUAGAAAAAUGAUGAAGUGGUUCUCAGGAAGCAGUAGUAAAAAUAUAACAAGCGCAGCAGAUCCACACAACCUCACAGAUAUCGAAAUCAAUAAUGAAACUGAUGUCUUGCACCUUAGUUCGUUCCCAGAUUAUGGAGGAAAGCUAGGAAGAAGGGAUAGCGAAAUCCUCCUUCAGUAUCUUACAGCAAGUUAUGUGAGAAUCCCACUAGUAACGCAGUUUUUCAGUGAUGAGGCUAACUUGCAAGCCUUAGUCAGCGAAGAAUUACAAAAGGUGGUUGUAGCAAGUAUAUUCGAGCCUGGAACAUGGCAGAGCAGUACCAUGGGAUAUAAAUUGCCCCAAACAGCACCAGUACAGACGAGAGAUGUUCUAUCUACAAGCCUAGGACUUUUGUUCAACGAGAUUCUAAACUCACCAAAUUGCCUGUUGAGCAGCAUUGAACAGAUGUUAGACCUAACGUUGCAAAGAGACCAUCAUGUGUAUACAGGAGAGUCCGCUAAAUUAUUACUGUUCAUUUCUAAGCUGGCAGUUUAUGUUUCAAACUAUAUAAAAAUCGUAAUAGAGUAUAAUAAUCGGUCUAAAAGUGAGUCAGCAGAUUCAGGCAGCUUCCAAAAUUUGAAUUACGUACCGGAAAUAGUAGUGGACGAAGAAACCUUCAAAGAAUUAAAUAAUUUCCAGAAUAGAAUAAAUAAAUUGCUAAGAGAGUCAGCAAGAGUGUUGACAAAGAGAGCUAUAAAGGCAGAGAUAGCAAAUGAACAUAAUGCUGCAGCGGCGUCAAUGGCACAUGUGGCCCUUAUAUAUAAUUAUCUUAUUUUAUUAAACCAAACCGGGUCUAACUCAGCAGCAAGUUCAAGCAGAUCAAGUUCUGGUCAAUAUGAAGACCUAUAUAUAAAACUAGCAAGUUGUAUAUUCUUUGUAUUUGUACACCACCAAUUUAAUGUCGAGCACUGUUCAGGAAUGGAUACAGAGUCUGAAGAGGAUCCCUUAUGCCUGCCGGAUAUGGAAAUGUUUAGUGUUAUGCAAACUUCGAGAAACCUACUCCUGAAUUACUUUAGAAACACAACAGACGUUAGUUCUAAAAUGGACCAUUUAGUCAAGGUCGUCUCAAACCUAGGGUCAACAGGAAUGCAAAAUCAAAAUGCAACAUCUGAAAAUUAUAAUCAUCGUUUUGAUAAGAAUGAGAAUCAGAAAGAAGUGGAUAUUUGGCAAGAAAUAUUGACGCCUAGCUUGUCCGGAAGGUUUACUAAAGCAUCAGCAGCACAAAAGGCACUUUUACAAAUAACAAAUAACGAAGAUGAUAUUGAGUUGGAUGACGUCUUGUUGGAAAGUUUUUAUGUUGACGAAGAGUUCGAAGACGCGACGCAAACAAGUUGGGGAUUUGAUUCACAAGUUACAACCGGGAUUAAAGAAGAAUUACAAGCUCCACAAACUAAAGUUGAAGAGAAGGAAAAACAUGAUAAAGGAUUAGUUGCAAGCACAAAGAACCAAGUGAUUAGUAAAACAAACAAAGCUAUUAAACAGUCAAAAUCAUUGGGUAAGAAAAUGUAUCGCAAGUUGAAGAAGAAGAGUAAAAGAGUAGACCAAGUUACGCCAUUAGAUAAGUAUGAAAAUUGGCUAAAGAUGAAAGUAAUGCAACAUUGUGAUAUUGAAAUUAACUUCCAAACAGCAGAGUUCUCAUUAAAGAAAAAUAAACUCCAACUCCUGGGACAAUGGGUUAAUAAUUACGAACACUUUGUAAACAUAUUUGGAAAAGUCACAAAUAAAACUACAAUACAAUCUGCAACAGUACAACUCCAUAAAAAUCGUCACUGGCUACGCCUAACAGGAAGAGACUAUGAUCUAAUAAAAUGGGAACCAGAUGAUCAACAAUACCAACUCUCAAACAAAACCACGUUCAAGUAUAAUAACCCGCCAAAAGGAAUGGAAUGGGUCACAAAUAUUUUGGAACCUUUCAUAUCACAGUACGCAUCAAAAUGGAGCUUUUUCAUAGACCGAGAUGUAGUUUCAAGAAUAACUCAGAACUCAUCAAGUACUGAUACGUUUUAUGAUGAUUUCCAAAAUCCAGAUGAUGAGAUGGAUUCAUUGAGAAUAUAUGCCCAGUAUACAGCCCCUAUUCAGCCGCCAUCAGGAGGGAGUUAUAACCUUGUAACGACAAGUCCAACAAACAAUGAUAUCCCAGUGGAUUUGUUCUACCAGAGUAGCAUGUGUAAAAUGAUUGAUUAUACACAAGCAUACGCACCACAGGAACACGAAGGCUUGAUCAGAAUUGCAACAGAUACAUUCAGCACCAUCAGCAACGUAAUUACAGAUACAGCGUCAACGAUAACCAAAUUGGCGGGAACAAGUAGUAGCUCUAAAUCGAAAGAAAAAGAAAAGGAAAAAGAGAAGGAAAAGGAAAAGAGUUCUAGAGAAAAGAAUGUUAAAAAUAGUAUGGUAAAUAAGGAAGUGUAUGUAACAAGGUCACCACCGUGUAUAUACGUGUUUGAUAUUUUGGAAGUUGGAAGAACCUGGUACAGAUCAUUGUGCUACUGCAGCGAUGUAACAAUGUCAUUCUGUUCAUCAAUACCUCGCUACAUAACAACAAGUAACUUGUAUUCGAGUGGUAACGUGGCAAAUAAAAGAUGUAACAUAGUACUUGGAGAUCCCAUGGACCUUAGCAACACGGUCGUUGACCCGUCACUCUUAAUCAUACGUCAUAAAAAAAUGAGUAAUACAGCUGAUGAAGUACAACGAUUAAACAGCAUUGAUUCAGCUUCAUCAUCAGACUCUGUUACAAGUAAGGGAGUGGAAUAUGAGAUGUAUGUGUUGCCAAAACUGUUGUAUGGGUUGCUACCACAAGUGCUUUUGGAUGAGUAUCAAUUUUGGCAGAAUCUCAAAACCUCAGAUUUAAUAGGAUACCCAAUCAAUCAAACUAAAACUAACUCGAUGGAGAUAGAAUUGGAAACAGAAUCUGAAGAUUCAGUAGUGGAUGAUGUGACGAAGAAAAAUUACAUAGUAGUGGAACUCGUGAGUUUGGGGCCAAUAGAUACAGGAUAUUUCCAGCAGUCAGAAGCUAAAGCAACAGUGUGUAGAAGAAAUAAAAUGAUAGAUGAUGUGUAUUAUUUAGUAAAUUUACAAAAUACUAAGGACAGUACUAUAAGAGACUUUGUUUCAACGUUAACGAGAUUAGAUGAUUUGUCCCAUAUUCUAGCAUGGUCAUUACAAUCUCAAGUGUACGAAAGUAGUUCAGGACUCUCGACAAGCUCUGAUAAAGUUACGAAUAAAAUUGACCUAAUAGAAUAUACAAAGCUUGGGCUGACAUUUAGGUUGGAUGUGACAAAGUCAAAUAGUAAUCGUUAUAUAUGCGAUGAAUAUAACGGACUGUACUUGAAUUAUGGAGAUGUAAACUCAAGUCCACUGACAAGUAAGUUGAUUCGAGGUCUGGAAAACUCGUUAUUGUUGUCUGAUGAUGACGGAGAACUGUACAUUCUUGUGAGUACAGUACGUUGUCCAAUGAGAAUAUACCCAAAUGUACCAAACUCACAAGUGGCCUCAACAACAAUUUAUAACUAUUUGGUUGGUUUAGCAUGGCCAGAGUUGGUGUAUGAUGGGCAUAAUCCAAACUGGCUAAACAACUUGGAUAGCAGACAUUAUUUGUACAAAGUUCACACGAGUAGGUGUUUCCUAUUUGUGCCAACAAGUUCGAGUCUGCUCUAUUUGCUCAUGUGCAGAUUCCUGGAUCGACAAUAUGAACAAGUGUGCCGACUUAGUGCAAACAUGAUAUUCGAUCAAGUACAAAACGAUGAAUCUAUUCUAUUUUGGUCAAUAUUAUCGAGAAUUGACUCAAGUAGAGAUACACACCCAGAUGCAUACGCAAGUAGAUUACAUAUACUCUUGGCAGCACAUAAACAGGGAAUGACAGUUAGUAAAGGGAUUAAUAUACUUACAGUAUCAACAAAUAAGUUCAAAAGAGGAUUUAGUGCAUUUAAGUCAAUAUUCUCAGGACGCAAUACAUCUGAAACAUCUCACGAUAAGCAUGUAUCCAACAGUUUGAGUAAUACACAAUUGAACCAAGACAAGGAUGAUAAGAUAUUUAUUAAUUGGCAGCUCCAUCAAGAAUUAUGCUAUUAUAUUAACUUAAACAGAUUUGUAAGCGCAGGCUGUAAAUUAAGCUUAGAGGAGGAGUUAGAACUAUUGUCUUUGUGUCAGUCGUAUUUCAGUAGUUACCCACUUUUAUCCAACAGAUAUUAUCUUCUUCACUCGCUAAAGAAGAGUGGAAAUAUGCUGAUAAGAGAACACGUUGUAGCUAACGAUAUUGAGUUUUCAGUCCCGAGUAAGCCCAUAGUAACAAAUUUCGAUGAGAUAGUUGACCGCUCAGUGGUUGACAAAAACCUGUUAAUUGAUGCCGCAACAUCGUUUACAACAAUUAGAUAUAAAAGACCACAAGAAAUGCAGAGCGGACCAAACUCACUAGAAUUCGUAGAUAAAAUGUUGCAAAAGGGAAUGACAAUCUCGGAGUUCAUGACGGUCUACGAGCUUUUGCUGGGAGUGUUCCCAUUAUCGACGUUUCCAAACGAAAGUAGCCAUGGCUGGGGGGCGAUUCUGACGAGAGUAAUAAGUUAUAAGGAAAAGGGUUCUAAGAACGUAAUGAUGUCUACACUAAAGGUUCUUUGCUCAAAUCCGUCUUUAGCGCCACACAUGCCACCGUGUCCAGAGGAUUUGAAUAAAAAGAAACAAUUCACAGCAAUGUUCACAAGAGUGCAUCAACCAGUACAUAAGUUUUUGGGAGAUCUACAAAGAGUUUUCAACAAGUUGGAUGAAGAUAAGGAAAUUUCAUGGGAUUCAACCGCUAAGUCAGUUAGUAGAAUAGAUUACGUGAUAAAAAUGGAUUCAGUAAUACCAAAGGGAACCUUGACAACACCAUGGAUGUUCCGUUCAUACUCUACAGAUUAUGGAAGAACACAGUUUAACAUGAAGAAUUGCACAAUUAAAUCCAUCACAAUCACAAAUGAUUUGCUCAAAGAUAUGUCAACACAACUCAUUUCUGACAACAUUUUGUUGGAUUUGUAUAACUCUAAAACAAACGGAGUUGUUCCAGAUGAUGAAUAUGGAUUUGGAAAGAACAAAAAAAUGCCAAUUGACCUGGACAAUCACUGGAUAAUGAAGUAUGACGUGUGUAAAAAGUAUAUGGAAAGAUUAAAACUAGAAUACCAGAGAUAUCUAGACCAACAAGAGGAACAAUCAGUAAUGAUGAACUCAUAUGUGGGAUUUGAUGAACAGACCAUAGAUGAAACCAUUAAAGGAGAUAAAGAUCAAUUAACCAAAGGAGUUUCACAACUUACAACCCUAAAAGAAAGAUUAUUGAAUCUAUUCAAGUCAGAUGGACAGUUCAUAGACUCUUCAAUUAAGACAGUCUUACAUCAGGCAAAUUCUAUAACUUCAGCAAGUUUACCUCCACAAACUGGUUUUUCGAGUCCAACCGCCACUAAUGCUUCAGGGACAACAGUUGAUGGAGUUACUACGAUGGUGGAUAAAAUGAGUAAAGUUGGAGGGAAUAUAAAGGCUGUGGUGAACACAACAAUUAAACAGGGAAUAGGUAAAAAUACCGGCAUUAAUAUUAAAAAUGUGAUUAACACAAUAACCAAGAGUCACCACGCUCAAGAUAAUCAGUUCCCGGUAUUAAACUACAAUGAUGGAAAUUUGGCCUGGAGUUUUGUGUUUGGAAAGUUGGGAGGCUUGGAAAGUAUGAUAACUUUCGAGCAUCUGGUGGAGUGUUUAGUUUCAAGUAAAGGUGACCAUAGUCUGAGAUAUUUAAAUCCAUUUAUCUCCGAUACGAACGAGAUAUUCUCGUUGGUUGCAGUAAUUAUGUUGUCAGUAAACCGCCGAAUACAUGUGGCCAAGUGUAUAUCAUUGCUACUUUCAAUAUUACAGGCAAUAAAGAGAUUAUAUAACUUGCUUUCACUACAUAGUACAGCCUCAACAACUGAUGAAAUUAACAUGCUAAAGUGUGAAAUUGUAACAUCAUCGAAGCUAUUGUCUGAAAAGUUAAAGAUUUCAAGACACUAUAUCAAGAAUGAGAGUAAAGGAAUUCAGUUUGACCCAAGGUUGUUGCUUUUUGAAUUCAACUGUGGUAUAUUGUUAUACAAGAGGCAAGUGGAGCUGGUGGAAAACUUUACGAAAAACGCGAAAAACAAUAAUAGCUGUUGUCACCAGAUGAUCAUGGGAGAAGGUAAGACAACAAUAGUGGGUCCCCUUCUGUCUUUGCUGUUAGCUGACGGAGAAAAACUGUUUAUACAAAUCUGUCCCAACUCAUUGCUUGAGUUCACUAGGUCAACACUAAGAGAAACGUUUUCAGCAGUGAUUAAGAAAAAUGUUUACACAUUCAAGUUCACAAGAUUUGAUAAAGCCACACCUGAACUAUACCUGAAGCUUUUACAGGCAAAACAAACAAGAUCAGUUGUGAUCGCAACACCAACAAGUAUAAAGUCGCUUUUCCUCAAAGUUUUGUACUGUUUCCAUAAACUGGAGUCGGGAGAACUAAAACACGAUGUGUCUAGAAGAGUUAAUAAUUUGCACAAAAAACUGGUAGGUAUCUGGAACAUGACAAGUUCCAAAGUAGUGGAUUUGGCAUAUUCUACAACAAGAUCCAAGGAUAGUAGUUCCGGACGUUCACCAAAAGAUAAUAGUAGCAAGGAUAAAUCUAAAAAAUCCAAAGAUAAACCAAAAAGUAAUGAAGCUGGUACCUCAGACCUAAACAAAGAAUAUGUAUACCAAAGAGAUGUUCAACUUGAGUUAGAUAUGUGUCUGAGGAUACUUGAACUAUUUAACAAUGCAGUACUCUUGAUGGACGAAAUCGAUCUUUUGUUGCAUCCACUCAAGAGUGAACUUCACUGGCCAAUGGGAGAAAAGGUCCCAAUAUCACACCUUAAUAAUAGUGACUUCCAGAUAAGAUGGUUACUUCCAUGGCAUAUACUUCGAGUACUAUACCAGAAUCCAGAAGAACAAAUAGUAAAAGGAGAAAGAUUUAUAUUCGCAAGAAUUAAAAGAUGUAUAGAAGAGGCCGUAGUUAAUAGUUAUCUGUCCAACUUCCCACAUAUAAUCCUUUUGUCAGUUAAGUGGUACCAAAACGAGUUGUUGCCGCUCAUGGUAGAGUGGGUGUACCAGUUCUUGAGGACAAAAAACCUAAUAGUGGAGACAUAUAACGAGGUUUAUCAAUACAUUGUGAACAAGAAUGUAAGUAGUAACCUGAGAAGUGUUAAAGUUUUGGUUUUCACAAGAGAAUGGCUCUGUAGCAUAUUCCCCCACGUCAUAUCCAAGGUUAACCAGGUCAAUUAUGGCAUACUGAGCCUUAAGCAAGUUGAAGAAGGAUUGGCAUAUAACCCAAAUAUGCCUCAGACUAGAAAAAUGCUAUCAGUGCCAUUUGUGGGUAAGGGAACACCAGCAAGGGAUUCUGAAUUCUCACACCCAGAUGUAUUGAUAGGCUUCACAAUCCUAUCAACGAUAUAUCAAGGUUUGAGAUUCACAGAUUUCGUCCUCACAAUAAGACACCUCUGUAGCAAUUUUUACCAGGAACCGGGGAAAACCGAGUUCAGACCCUCGUAUAAGUUGUUUAAUAGGUGGUUAAACUCAGUGGGAUACUACGCUAAUGUAACUCAUACCUCCAAAUCCACAAGCAAGAACAGUUAUCAUUACAUAAAGUAUGUGGAUCCUACUGGAACUACAGAAUUGAAGCCCAUAAAACCAGACCAUUUGAAUGAACAAAUGUCAAAUAAUAUUAAUGGAUUUGAUGGUUUGGUAGAUAAAAAUGCAGCUGAAUUGAAUGAUAUGGUUGAGGAGGUUUUAGAAGCGGAUACAGAUCGAGUUUGGAGUUUGGAUGGAAUAAAUGUAUUUGACAAUGAGCAAUUGACGGUCCUGUAUAAAAUAUUGAAAAAGAGCCCAAUUGUUAUAGAGUAUUAUUUGUGCCGAGUAUUGUUUCCGUUAGCAAUGGAGUACUGCGAGAUGCAAAUGACUGCCACUGCGCAAGAACUGGGGUCUAGUAUUCUCUUUCCAACCAGGCUGGGAUUCUCAGGAACACCAUCAGACCUGCUUCCCGUGGAAAUGAACGGAUGUAACUUCUCACCGGGUGUGGAUGGGAAAAUGAUUGCAGUGUCCACUGAUGAAACAAUAGUCAGUGGCCCAGUUCUUCUCCCAGUUGGUUGGGACUCAGAUUCAAUAAUUAAUCUUGUGGCAAACUCGCCAGAUAAACCACUUGCGCUCAUUGAUACAGGAGCACUCAUAACGAACUAUACCAACUACGAAGUCGCCAAAUUACUCUUGGUAAGAGGGCUUGCCCACGUGGAUGGUGUGGUAUUUCUAGACGACGAUGACAGGCAAAUGAUACUUCUGAGAAAUAAAUGGAAUGUAACUCUAUUGGCCCAUUGCGGUAUACCACUUCAAAAACGUUUCAGUUUCUAUGACCAGAUCCACGCAACUGGGCAGGAUAUUAAACAAUCGGCAAGAGCAAUUGCAUACGUUACCAUAGGACCCGACAUGACUUUCAGAGACUUUGCACAAGGAUCUUGGCGUAUGAGAGGAAUUGGACAAGGUCAAACAAUUAAAAUCAUUCAACCGCCUGAAAUUAAUCAACAAAUCAAUUCUCUAACAAAUAAUAAAGGAGUUUUGGGAUGUAUAUCAUGGUUACUUUUGAAGGGAUUGUUGAAUGAAGUGAGGUUGGGAAGAUUGUUGAUAGAACAAUGUGUGGAGAAUAUAGCAAGGAAGAGGUCAUUUCAAGCACUGGUGCAAGACCACCUUAAUAUAGGAGGAAAUGUACACUUGGGAGCACACGUGCAGCUUUUCAGAGAGUUUAGAGAUUUCGCAAUACCGAACACAUUUGCACCAAAAGUUACGUUGAAUAAAAGAAUACUGGAUUUCAGUGCAAGACACCAAAUUUCACACAACCAACUCAACUCAAUCACAACCUUUCUGAACCAGCAAGAGAUAAAGGACGACUUUGUCAAUAUGAACUACUCAAAUCAAUUUGAUAUUACCAAAAAUAAGUAUAACACUGGACCAGACUACAGUUUCUCAGGACAUGGGUCCUCAAGAACUAGUAACAUUAAUCAAAUGGGUAAUAAGACACAGGAUUUGUUCGCACUAACAGACGACGAAGAUAUGUUUGAAACGCAAGACGCACCGAAACCCGUAAGUUCUAGAGAAAUUAACGACUAUUUGGGAAUGGAAAUCACAAUCGACGAUGAGUUCUCAAUGGAAGCAGAGCACGAGCAAGAAAUGGAAGUUCUUGAGCAAGAAGAAGAAGCGACACAAAUGAGAGAACAGAUGAAAGAAGAAGAACAUGUGACUGAGGAAGAAUUACCAGCUCCACAUUCUUAUAGUAGAAGCGACGAAGACCUGGUUUAUUGGCCACUGAAUGAUCUGGUUGACCCGAAUAAGCAUUUAGAGUUUUUACGCUGCCGUGACUUUUAUUUAUACAGAAAAGAUGGACACAAAUACAAAUUGCCGUUCCCAGAAUAUUUAUCGAUAACCCCAAACUUCUACAAGAUCAAGUGGUCCUCAAGUACAUAUAGAAGAAUGAAGAAUGUUUUAGUGGUUGUGGAUGUAACCAACCAAACAGAAGAUAUGACUAGAAUUCUUCAAAAUAACCAUGCACACCAAAGCUCAAUGAACACCUAUCAUAGUUACUCAGGACAAACGAACCAGAUUUCUAUACCAACAAAUAUAGUUUACGAUGUCAUGAGGGCAUAUGAGGCUCUGGAUGAUAAGUAUAUCCCAAGAGGACACGGUAGCUCUGGAGCUAUUGUAGACUCUGACUCAAGUUUAUCAAUUCUACACGCAGUGGACCCAGAAGGCCCAGACGAAUGGGAGCUCAUUAGUGAACUUGUAACAUUGAAUAUAAACAAAUACAGAGUCGAAAAUAAGACGAAUAUGAUUGGAGUAAACGAUUUCCUCUCGUGCAUACAAAACUUGUACUCGAUUGACCCAACUAGAAGAUACAUUGUUGUGACUUUGGCGGAGGCAGAAGCGAUCAGAGCAUGGCUGCAUAAAAACAAAAAAACUGGUACCAAAAUAGCACUAAGACACUUGGCAGCUAAGUUCCAGCCCUUUGAUUCUAGCGCAGUAUACGCACCAAAAUACUUUGAUAAACUAAAGUGCCUAGUUGGACUCCAGUCGAGAGUUGUUAACAGCUGCCUUCGUUUUUUCAAUUCUGAAGUACAAUUCUCAGAAGCACAGAUUGCAAUACUUUCAAGUAUCCUCAAAGGUGUAAGCCCCCAAGAUAGGUUAGCCUAUUAUCAAAACUUAAGAGAAACACGUUUAGUGGUUCAGAAUAUGAAAAUGGCAAUAAGUUAUUGUGAAUUGUUAGGAAAACUUUUCUCCCAUAAUAAUAUUGACGAUUUCGUUAUUCGACUCAUGUCAUUAAAGUUUCAGCACCUGAUGGACCAGAAAGGAGGUCCAUCAUGUCUCCUUUCAUCUCUUAAGUGUGAUAAACUCUCGUAUGCACAUCUGGACAAAAUUCUUAACCCAAACCCACAAAAACCCUUGGCCAAAAAUGAAGAGUUAAAGGCCUUUUUCACAAUUAUCGAUAUUGACUGUGACGGAGUAAUAUCUCUGGAAGACCUCCAAAACAUAUACCAAGAACCAACGAAGCCAUCGCUACUUAAAAUUAUAACAUCUGUUCAGUUCUCUCUAGUUAAAUAUAAACAAGUUAGGCUUGUGGCUUCUUGUUCAACACUGUUGUCAUUUACCGCAAAAAGACUCACACACGUAAAAUCGGAAACUGCAGUUAUAUCUCACUACUUUGUACCCACCAAUUCAACCACUAAUGUGACACUUGGUGGGCUUGGCAUGGAUUUAGAAAUGCACAUCAAUGUUUUGAUGUUAAUUCGAGGAAAUGGAAUAGAUUUGUUUAUGAAGCCGCCUUUGAGUUUUAAAGCUGUUUGGAAGGACCAAGUUGACCAAAAUUUGGUACUUUGGGAGCCCGAAUCUCCUACUGGAUACUCCAGCAUAGGAUUGGUGGCAACCACAGGAAAUCAGCCGCCCAAAACCACCGUACACUGCACUCCAACCAAAUGGCUCGAAGUUUUAGAUAAAUAUGAUACUAUUGUUCUCGAUGGAGUUGAUUUCGAAAACCAACCACUUAAGCUUACGGUGUACUUGGCGAAUGGAGUACUCAGUCUCAGCCCGCCCAUGAGGCUCAUGUACGACAACUUCGCCCUUCAGCAGGACUUUUUCGACGACUCAAACAUCCCUGCUAUUUUACCUCUAUAA